GGCUUAUUAUCAUAAGACACCGGCAAAAAUACACGCUCGUACCUCCCCCCUUUCCCCCCUAUACCCCUCGCGGCGUUCAAAACCGAAAAAUUAACUCGAUUGUUUUUAGUUAAGUUUUUGUCGCCGCCUAUAAACGAUCAGUACCCGCGUAUCGGUCGUACUAACCGCUAGUACUCACGCAACAAUGGCUAAAUCGAAAGUAGCCGAUCUCCAGAGCCUACUGCGGCGCUCAGUAGGCGAGGACAUAGAAAUUUUGGAUGAAAAAACCACCCUGCUCACCGCUCCAGGUGAGCACUACGGCUCCGUAAUGCUCGCGCUUGAGGUCAAGAUCAAACGCCACUCAAAACAACCUGAAGAAGAGUUAAAAUUAGUCGCUAAACUCAUCCCAGCCAACGAAAUGCUCAGACUAGCUUUCGACAUUCCAGUAACUUUCAAAAAAGAAGUCAUAGCCUACACAGAAUCCAUUCCAACAUUAGUCCAGUUCCAGUUAGAGCACAACGUUCCAGAACGUGACCUACACGACAACCUGUUCCCUAGAUGCUUCGGAGCACGCUUGAACCUGGACGAGAACAAAAACUCAACCGUCAACGAGGACGCGGUUCUUAUUUUCGAAAACCUCAAAGUCCAGGGCUUCGUAACUGAAGAUAGACUCAAAGGGUUUGAUUUGAGUGCCACCAGGGUGAUUCUGAAAGAUCUGGCUAGGUUCCAUGCCACCCCUAUAGCUCUGAGACUCCUUAAACCUGAACUGUUCCAACAAAAAGUUCUUCCGAGUGGUGUGUUCAAUCGGGGACUUGAUACACUUCCUGAAGAAGUAGGGUUGGCGUUCCAUAAUGCUAUUCUGGAUGGUGCGAGGGAUGUUCCGGAACUAGGACCUUAUUUGGAGAGGAUUCAGAAGGUUGCUGAUGCAGGUGCCAAGAAACCCUGGGUUUUGAGGGAGAAUGAAAGUGAUGUUUGGGGUACAAUCUGUCACGCAGACUUCUGGGUCAGUAACACCAUGAUCCUCAAGGAUGAAACAGGUAAAACCAUCAAAAACAAGAUCGUGGAUUUACAGUUAAACAGAUUUUGGUCCUGUGUAACUGACCUAGUCUUCUUCUUGUACACCAGCGUGGUUAACAGUGUUCUUGAAGAACACUUUGAUGAAUUCCUUAAACUCUAUCACGAAAAUUUAAUUAAGAAUCUCUCAUAUUAUUCUUUGGAUCUGGAACCGUACUCCUGGAAUAAUUUUCUGGAAGAGUUGAAUAAAGUGGCCCCUACAGAAAUAUACCAUGUGUUGAUAAUGUUGAAACCGAUCUGUACUGAACGAGGUAAAGUGACAAAUAGUUCGGAGGAGUUUCAGGAUACUGACUGGAGUAGGAAAGAUUUGUUAGGUCCCAAUCAUCGGAGAAAACUGAAAGAUACAGUUUUGUCUCUGGUGAAACGAGGAUGGAUAUAAAUAAAUUGUUUUAUUUUUAAAUUAGUUAAUUAUAUAAAUAAAAAGUGUUUCGAGGUGGGUGUAAUUAAUUAUAGCUUAAGUAAAAGUAUGAAAUGACAUAUAGUGAUAUUUUUUCUAAUGUUUAGAAUUAAAUAAAUUUUAUAAGAAAUAUAUAAAAAGUAUAUCUAUAUUAAAUCUAUGUUCAAAAAUCUUUGGCUAAUUUUUUUUACAAUAAUGUUCAUAAUUUUUCAAGUUAUUUAAAAAUGUAAAUAAUUAAUUUUUUUAUGCUUAAGUUCCAUAUUGUUACUUUAUUUUUAAUAAGUUGUAGAUAAAAAUAAAACACAUUGUACAUAUUUAUUACAUGUUAUUUUUUGUCAAUAUUAUGUAUUCCAU